UGUUGUGCAGUUCCAGAGCCCUCUGGCAGUUCUUGUCAUUUUCCGCUAGCCUUUACCCACGCUUUGUUAGUUGUGAACUCUCGUAAUUUCAUGAAGUGCCUCUGUGAAUGUCGUUUAUGACUGCUGACGGUCUUGACUGCAAGAUUUUCCAUUUCACGUGAAAAGAUAUUCCACCUAAAUACAGUAUACUACUUAUACUAGUGCAAGUGCAAAUUCCCAGCAAGCUGACUAGCUAACGUGUGAUGAUGCUCUGUCUCCAAAUGCUAAUAAUAAAAAGGUAGUUGUUGUAGAUGACCAUUUGAGUAGACCAUCUGAGCACUUUAUUGUACAUGGGUAGUUUGAUUCAAGCGGCUACCGAGAUAUAAUGGAAGUUGCAAGGACCUCGCAAGGCAGGAGUCAGGUCGCAGAUGCUGCAAAAAGUGGUGUCAGCCAAGAAAUCAAAACACAUUUUCGAGUCUGCCGCUUCAUCAUUGAAACUGGUGUGAAGUUGGGCAUGCGGUCCAUGCCAGUGGCUACUGCAUGUACUCUGUACCACAGAUUUUUUCGGACAGCCAGUCUGGAGGUCUAUGAGCCAUACCUGGUUGCCAUGUCCUCCAUUUACCUAGCUGGUAAAGUCGAGGAACAACAUCUAAGAACUCGGGACAUCAUCAAUGUCUGCUACAGGUUCUUCCAUCCUGGUAGUGAGCCCAUGGAACUGGAUGGGAAGUUCUGGGAGCUGAGGGAUAGUGUGGUCCAGUGUGAGCUUCUUAUCCUGCGACAGCUGAACUUUGUGGUGUCAUUUCAGCACCCUCACAAGUAUCUGUUGCAUUACCUCGUCUCUGUGCGAAAUCUCUUAAAUCGCCAUGCCUGGUCUCGUACGCCCAUAGCUGAAACGGCCUGGGCUCUGCUUAAAGACAGUUACCACGGCUCGGUGUGUGUGCGGCACCCACCCCAACACCUUGCCCUCUCUGUCCUUUACUUGACCAUCCAGAGCUAUGGAGUGGAGAUGCCCUCGGGAGAACUGGAGUGGUGGCAGGCCCUGUGUGACGACAUCAGUCGGGGAGAAAUUGAGGACAUCAUGUCAGAACUACUGCAGCUGUACGACAUGGAGGCCAAGUGCAUGUGAAGAAUGGGGACUACUGAGUGCACUAGUCAUCAUCUGAAGAUCAAGAAACGCAACAGUGAUAGGGUAUCACUCUGAAUGUUAGUUUUUAUGUGAAACACCUUUGACACAUUCUGUUACCCCUACUUGGAGGCAAAUUUGCUGUAAACACUGCAUCUCAGCAGGUUCUGAUGUGAAUAUGAUAUUGCUGUAAAACACAACCAGAACAUCUGUCCGCUGUGCUGAAAUUACCGGGACCUUUUUCUCAUGUUUCCAUCAGUGGAACAAUGCAUCACUGCCUCUGUGUAGUGAGGUAUGGGACUCCCUCUUCCACCCACGUUAUGAGCGGUGUACCCUCAGUCUCCCAGCUCCAAUGCCCCACUUUCAUCCCCUUGUAUUGUGCCAUUAACUCCGUAUAAUCUAUGAGAAGAGGAGAAGGGGAAGUGUGUGUGUGUGGAGGGUUGCUUUUGUCGGUGCAGGGGAAAAGAAAUGACCGUUUGAGUUGCCUCUAGCCGUCCCCUGCACCGGCCUGGGAACAUGAAGGUAAAAGAGACUGAAUCUGGGACAGUUCUUUGAUAGUUCAUUAUUUAAUUACACUCAGCCUACUCCCGUUAGACAGAGUCCCUGUUGGCUCCUAUGGUUUUGUUAAGAUGUAUGACAGUGAAGUGGAAUCCAUGUGCCAUUUGGGAAUUUCACCACAGAGUUAACUGUUCCGUUCCUCCUCCAUUGGUUCAAAUGGGCCAAUACGCAGAAACACAUGAGCUUUCCUCUUGAACUGUCUCAUGAUAAUUCCAUGGAUAAUUCCAGGAAACAUUUUAUAGUGUAAAAAAAGUAAUUGUGUGAUAGAAUAACUGCAUAUUACUGCACAUGUGAGUGAAGGGACACCUGCUUCAUGUGAAUACUGCUAAUAAACAAGCCUAGGUUUUUGAUAUUUAAGCCCUGUAGCCAAUCAAAUAACCUAUCCAUGCCCAGGUAUUGAUUGACUGUAACUGUUGUAGCUUGGUCUGCGCCAUUAUUUUAUUACUUUGUCUCCUAAUUAGAGUGUCAGAGACUGUCUAUGAACACUGGAGUUUGUUUGAACACACUCAGAACAGAUGACUGCCGGAUUCUGAGGAGCAAUUUGCUGAAGUUUACAAAAAAGUAUAUUGCAUUAAAAUGGUGGACGUCUUUAAAA